AUGUGGGCUGGCCCUGUAAUAUCCAAAGCGAUCCUCUAACUCUCCUUCAGUAGGAUCUCAGCUGCGGUUGUGGUUCUGUUGGCGUCGAACAGACGGAUCAUUACAGCGAGCUCUCUUCACCAGUGAAUAACAGAGAGAGAGAGAGAGAGAGAGAGAGACGAAGCUGUUUUUACGGAAUAACAGUCUCCGCCUUUGGACAGGAGUCGGGUAGGGAGAUUUUAAAUGAAAUAUGAGGAAGGUGUUGAUAAAUCAGUCGUGUUUUUCUCUCUCUUGGAUCACGGAUUUCUGAAGCUUGUGAGCGCACGUUUCGGUCUUUUUUUUUUUUUUGCAGAGUGAUGUAGCCUGUGAGAAUAAAGAAGCAAACGUAAAAUCCGACCCUGUCAUGGAUGCGAGUGUGCAGUGAUGCUGCAGGUGCAACUGACUAUAGUCUGUCAAUACAAAAGAGCAAAACACUUACUGGCUAAUGCAUAGGGACCUAGAAUCCGAAACAAGCGCUGAGCACAAGUUCUACAGCGCAGUAUGAUUGUGCCUCUUCCGAAUCAGAUGCUGCAGAUGUUUUGAGCGCAGGUUCAUUGAUCCAGGGUGCCGAGCGGACCCACCUUACACACAGAGACCAGAUGAUGGUCCCCGGGGCCCCCAGCACGACCACCACCAUGCUCCCAGCGUCGGAGGCUGCCAAGAUCUACCAGACCAACUACGUUCGCAACUCCCGCGCCAUCGGCGUCCUGUGGGCCAUCUUCACCAUCCUCUUCGCCAUCGUCAACGUGGUGUGCUUCAUCCAGCCGUACUGGAUCGGGGACGGCGCGGACACUCCGCAGGCGGGCUACUUCGGUCUGUUCCACUACUGCAUCGGCAACGGGCUGUCCCGGGACUUGACCUGCCAGGGGAGCUUCACCGAGUUCAGCACCAUCCCCUCCGGUGCGUUCAAGGCCGCCUCCUUCUUCAUCGGCAUGUCCACGGUGCUGGUGCUCUCCUGCAUCGGCUGCUUCGCGCUCUUCUUCUUCUGCAGCACCGGGACCGUUUACAAGAUCUGUGGCUGGAUGCAGCUGGCUGCAGGAACAUGUCUGAUCCUGGGCUGCAUGAUCUACCCGGACGGCUGGGACAGCGACGAGGUGAAGCGGAUGUGUGGCGAGCAGACGGACAAGUACACGCUCGGGGCCUGCUCGGUGCGCUGGGCCUACAUCCUCGCAAUCAUGGGAAUCAUGGACGCCCUCAUCCUGUCCUUCCUCGCCUUCGUCCUGGGAAACCGCCAGGACAGCCUGAUGUCCGAGGAGCUGCUGGGAGACAGUAAGAGGAUGAUGGAGACAUGUGACACAGCAGGAGAGAGAUCAUCGCUUUGCCUUAGCGGGUUAUAAACCGGAAAGAUUGGAAACUUCUGCACCAACUCAAUCGAUCAGCUGUCAGUCGAGAUGAGCGAAUCCUAAAAAAGUCAGAAAACAUCCUCCAACAGAUUUUCCACCGAUUGGAAAGUGAGACACCAAAAGACAAGUAUCAAAUGUUUUACUUCUCAGAGACGGUUUGGUGUGAAAUCAAGGUUACAAAACAAAACCUGUGCCAACAAACUAAUUAAAAAAUGAACGAAUGCUGGCCUGAAUGUCUGCUCUGUGUAUUUACGGCUCGAGCAUUCAGCCAGUUCAGCCAAGAUUGAAUUCCACUUUUGGCACGUGGAGUCCAUUAAUUAAGAUUUUAAAGUCUUGAGUCUGAGAAAAGUCAAAGUUAAAAGAAAGUUAAUAAAAAAGAUUUUCUGCUUAAUUAGACUUUCUAUUAAAACUCAAAGCAACAAUAAGACUGAAUCCAUCUCCCAGCAGCUGGAAAUUAUAAAAGAAGACACCAUCCCUUAUCUCCUUUCUGCAUAAUUUCCCACGCUUGACUAAAUCACCUGCAUACAUCAGAAGGAAUGUUUUACACCACCUGCUCGGCCGCUUCCUGCUCGCUUCUGUUAUAACUGAGAUUUUUCUCUCUUGAUUGGGGCGAGAUGACAACUGCACUCGGACGCCGGGGAGAAUGAUUUAAACAGCAAAGAAGGAGAAGAAGAGAAUACAGAUGAAGGAGGCUGAAGAUCAAAAAGGAGAGAAAGACGGGUGACUGGGAGGAAGAA